UGCGUCCUGCCACGCGCGCCGAGCCCCGGCGCCUGCCCCUGCCCUGGGCCGCCCCUCUGCGGGGUUCCGGCCCGCCUCCCGGCGCAGGCCGCCUCGGAGUGCCGGCGGCUCCCUCGCCCCCUGGCCCGGCUCCCGCGCCCGAGGUUUCCGGUGAGCCGCAGCAGCCGGUUAUGACGACUCCGAGCUCUGGAGCGGCAGCUGUCUCCUCCUCCUCCGCAGCCCUGGCUCCCCCAGCUCCAGGCCUGAGGAAAUCCGGCGAAGGAAUACAGAAGAGGAAGGAACCGCCUGCUUUGUACUGAAGGAAAAGAAAGGAGCGCAGCGCUCAAGCUUCCCUCUGCUGGAGAAAGUGCGUUCACCCAUCGCUGGGGGGGCCUUGCAAGAGGACUGCGCACCAGAACGGCUUUCUGCCAGGCCCCGGGGCUGUGCUUUCAUGCUCCAGCAGCCACCCCCUUCUAGCUUCUGCAAGUAGAUUUCCGAUACCUGAAGCAUCACAACAGCUUCUGCGUGGUUCUGAUAAUUAAAGAGGUUUGGAGGUUGCUAUGUUAAAGCUGCUUGUCCUUGGAGUAUUGCUUCAUGGUGUUUCCCUGAGUGGCCAGGAUGAGUCUCCUCCCAAGGCCGAGGGCAUUCCAGGCGAACCUCUGUUUGACUAUGCCAGUAUCCGCUUGCCCGAGGAGCACAUUCCCUUCUUUUUGCACAAUAAUAGGCAUAUUGCCACCGUCUGUAAGAAAGACGCACGUUGUCCUUAUAAGAAACACCUGGAGAAUCUAAAAUACUGCUGGGGUUAUGAGAAAUCCUGCAAACCAGAGUUCAGGUUUGGCUACCCUGUUUGCACCCACGUGGACAUGGGAUGGACAGAUACCCUUGAAUCCGCCCAGGACAUAUUCUGGAAACAAGCUGACUUUGGGUAUGUGGGCGAGCGGCUGGAGGAAAUGCGUGUGCUCUGCCAGCCUAAGGAAACGCAUGACUCAAGCCUGGUGUGUUCCCGUUAUCUGCAAUACUGCAGAGCCGUCAAUCUCUAUCUCGAUUUAAGAAACAUCAAGAGAAACCAUGACAGAUUUAAGGAAGAUUUUCUCCAGAGUGGUGAAAUCGGAGGACACUGUGCACUGGACGCUCGGGCGUUGGUGUCUCAAGGUCAGCGCAAAAGCCCUCUGCAGUCUUGGUUUGCUGAGCUGCAAAGCUAUACACAGCUCAGCUUCAGACCUUUAGAAGAUGCUAAAUGUGACAUUGUUAUUGAAAAACCAGCCUACUUCAUGAAACUGGAUGCAGGUGUUAACAUGUAUCACCACUUCUGUGACUUUAUCAAUCUUUACAUUACUCAGCACGUUAAUAAUUCAUUCGGCACAGACGUAUACAUCGUGAUGUGGGACACCAGCUCCUACGGAUAUGGUGACCUGUUCUUAGACACCUGGAAAGCGUUUACUGAUUAUGAUGUCAUACAUUUGAAAACUUACGAUUCCAAAAGGGUAUGUUUUAAAGAAGCUGUUUUUUCCUUACUCCCCCGGAUGCGACACGGGCUCUUCUAUAAUACUCCUUUGAUAUCUGGCUGUCAAAACACGGGAUUAUUCAGGGCAUUUUCUCAGCAUGUGCUACACAGACUGAACAUCACACAGGAAGGACCGAAGGAUGGAAAAAUCCGAGUCACCAUCCUUGCACGGAGCACAGAGUACCGGAAAAUACUAAACCAAAAUGAGCUGGUAAACGCACUGAAAACAGUAUCUACACUUGAGGUUCAGAUUGUCGAUUACAAAUAUAAGGAACUUGGGUUUUUGGACCAGCUGCAGAUCACUCAUAACACGGACAUAUUCAUCGGAAUGCACGGAGCUGGGCUUACCCACUUACUUUUCCUUCCAGACUGGGCCGCUGUAUUUGAACUGUACAACUGUGAAGACGAGCGCUGUUACUUGGACCUGGCCAGGCUGAGAGGCGUCCACUACGUCACUUGGCGAAGGCAGAACAAAGUCUUUCCUCAGGAUAAGGGCCACCACCCAACUCUGGGGGAGCAUCCGAAAUUCACCAACUACUCUUUUGACGUAGAAGAAUUCAUGUACCUCGUCCUUCAGGCUGCAGACCACGUAUUGCAACACCCAAAGUGGCCUUUUAGGAAAAAGCAUGAUGAGCUAUAAAUGUGCUGAAUCUGUCUGCAAAAGUCUGCGUAAACGUCCCACCACCGAGACUCAGAGUUAAGUCAGUAAAACACCUUGUUAUUUCCUAGCCCCAAAUUACCCUUUUCUAUACCAAAACAUGCCUUCAGGAUAGUACUUACGUGUUUCAGAGUCUUUAGCUGUUUCCUGUGAUUUUUGUGUCGUAGCUAUUUAUCAAGAUACCGUUUUUGCACUGAAACCUUUAUCUUUACAGUCCAAAAAUAAGGCUGUACUAGGCUCACGAGUACACUUGGGCUUCUUAGGUCGACCAAAGUUUUCACCUUUCUUGGCUUUAGAAUUUGUAAAUGUUUUUGUAGACUACCACGGGAUUAUAAUUCUAGAGGCUUCCAACUUGUUUGUGUUAUAUUUGAGUAAAUUCACAGCUUUUUUAUUUGCCAAAAUCUGUUCAUAACACUAUUUGUGGUAGGAAAGGAAAACAUACAACACACACACACACGCAUACACAGAUGCACAGAGUGUUGUGAUUCUCAGUACAGAGCUACCCCAUGUUAGAGAUCAAAUAGUGUUACAAACAGGUCUCUUUUACCCCUCUCAGAGUUCACACUAACGCCCACAGAAUUCUCUGCUGUGUCUCCUAAGUCAGCUCCAGGUUAUAUGCACCAAGAAUUUGUAUAAACCAUCCUGCUGCAUUCAUUUAUACUAACGGAUUUCAUAUGCAAAUCGUAUUUUCCCUAAACGUUUAACAACUACGUAUGAUAAAAACAAAUUAGAACAUCCCUUAGGGCGUCUUUGGAUACCUUCUAGCUGGUUUCCGCUAAUUCUUUCUUAGCCCUGGAGAGCAUUUAUGUCGAACUUAUGUAUCAGAGGGUCGUGUCCAGUGUGCACGGACCUGUGACGGCACACACCUGCGUGUGUACACCUACCUCUUUUAGCACAGACGUAUUCGCCUUUGAGUUGGAAGGCUGAAGAGUGUUUUUCCUCUAUCAAAAAUAAAGACCAAAAAAAAAAAAAAAAGUAAAGACACGUGAAUUAUCCAUCUCAAAAUGAAAAAGAAGCCAUGAGAAAGUACCAUUGAUUAAAAAGGAUAUCUGAAAUGCAGACCCACUCUUCGGGAUUAAUGUCUCAGCGUUGAUGAACUCUCAAUCCAGGGGUCAGAAACCAUGGAUUUCAUUUACCCGGAAACGUGAAGUUUACAUGUUAUUAACACUUGAGAAAUCUAAUUUAGAGAUGAAUGACUUCUAUUUUUUCAAGUAGAGGAUUAGCAGAGCUGAGAAUUUUUUUAAAAAACGUUUUAGCAUUGUAAAAAAAAAAAAGAGAAUAUGCAACAGAGAGGUAACCUGAGAAACCCCAAGUAGUUGUUACUUGGAGCUUUACAGAACAAGUUCGCUGACCCUGCUUUAAAGGAUUAUGAACAGUCUUCUAGAGUUUAGGGAUAUUUAUUAAAAUCUCUGUAAAGAAAGUAGUGCAUCACUGUAGGAAGAGCUUUGAUUUGGGUGUUAAAAUUGAAAAGAAUGACAACCUAUGAAGUUUUCAAUGAGCGGCGUGGCUACUCUUUGUGCCGAAUAGCGAGUCGCCCCUGGGGAAAGAUUUCCCUUGAAAAGCAAUGUAAAGGCAGCGUUGCACUUCCCAUCAGAGAGGUAUAAACAUCCAGAAAAAGCGUCUGAAAAAAUUGUCAAUGUCUACAUUCUUACCUCAUUUUAAGAAGUAUGUAGAAAUGCGAUUCUAUAGACUAGCAAGCAUUCCAGAAACUGAGGACAGUUGCAUAAUACACCUAUUAUAUUUGAAUAUUUUGCAUUUAUGGAAAGAAUGCUUUUAUAUAAAUGAGUACAUUUGACACUUUAUGGAAUUAGCUUUUAUCAGACUUUGUAUAUGGGAGCAAAAGGAUCUUUAAAUGGCUAUAAAAUUUAAAUGUAGAGUGCUUUUUUAAAUUAAGUCUUGAAAAGAGAUGCAUUUCAUUGUUUAUACAUUUUGGGUAUGACUUUGGAAUAAAUCUUUUUAUAUUUUAUUUGAAUGCCA